CUUUUUUUCACACCACCCACGCACGCACGCACGCGCCUGCUAGCUCUCUGGACUCCCAGCGUGACGUAUACCCUGGCGCCCGGUUAGCUAGCUUCUGAGCUAGUUAGCUAGUUGUUGUAACUAGUUAAUUAACAGGGUUCACCGGAAUCGGUAAACGUUAGCUGUCGGCUUCGGUCAUGGACGACGAAAGCUACCCCAAGACCCUGUAUGUGGGAAACCUCUCCAAGGAUGUAACGGAGAUCCUGAUUCUGCAACUCUUCACUCAGAUCGGGCCUUGCAAAAGUUGUAAAAUGAUCACAGAGCAUACAAGCAAUGACCCUUAUUGCUUCGUGGAGUUCUUUGAACACAGAGAUGCUGCUGCAGCUCUUGCAGCCAUGAACGGGAGGAAGAUAUUAGGAAAGGAGGUCAAAGUAAACUGGGCCACCACUCCAAGUAGCCAGAAGAAAGACACGUCCAAUCACUUCCAUGUGUUUGUGGGAGAUUUGAGCCCUGAGAUCACCACCGAGGAUGUCAAGGCAGCAUUUGGACCUUUUGGGAAAAUCUCGGACGCCCGUGUUGUGAAGGACAUGACGACAGGCAAAUCAAAGGGGUAUGGAUUUGUGUCCUUCUUCAACAAACUGGAUGCAGAGAAUUCCAUCAUUAACAUGGGGGGACAGUGGCUGGGAGGACGUCAGAUCAGGACCAACUGGGCCACACGCAAACCACCAGCUCCGAAGAGUGUCCAGGACAAUGGCUCAAAGCAGCUGAGGUUCGAUGACGUCCUGACUCAGUCCAGUCCACAGAACUGCACCGUGUACUGUGGAGGGAUCCAGUCUGGACUAUCAGAACACCUGAUGCGCCAGACCUUCUCACCUUUUGGUCAAAUAAUGGAAAUCCGAGUUUUCCCAGAGAAAGGCUACUCUUUCAUCAGGUUUUCCUCCCACGACAGCGCUGCCCAUGCCAUUGUUUCAGUAAACGGCACAGCCAUUGAAGGACACCUAGUGAAGUGCUUCUGGGGCAAAGAAUCUCCUGACGUAGCAAAAAAUCCACAGCAGGUUGAGUUCGGUCAGUGGGGGCAGUGGAAUCAGGUGUAUGGGAAUCAGCAACAACAACAACAACAACAACAACAGCAGCAGCAACAACAACAACAACAACAACAACAGCAGCAGCAGCAGUAUGGGCAGUAUGUGACCAAUGGGUGGCAAGUUCCCUCCUACAGCAUGUACGGCCAGACGUGGAACCAGCAAGGAUUUGGAGUAGAGCAGUCCCAGUCACCAGCCUGGGUGGAAGGCUUUGGAUCUCAGUCAGGCCAGGCUGCAGCCGCACCCAGCCAGGUCAUGUCCAACCUGGCCAACUUUAGCAUGGCCGGCUACCAAGCGCAGUGAGCCGGCCCAGACCUAAGUGUAGUACCAAGAGGAUUCUGUCAACCCUUUUAGACCACGCAGCACUCUUUCAUCUGGGCAGAUGCUGUGUUGGAAGAAGGGCACGGGCCAUAUUCACAAAGCCUUUGUAGCUAAUAGUCGCUCCCAAAACAACCAUUUCACUCAGAACUUAUCACACACUGAAUAAGUUAACCAAUGGGACAACCCAUCAAAAAGUAAGUGUAGUCCUUCAAAAUGUAAUUGUUACCCUCCUAUGUUCAGAAGCUGAGCAAAGAUGUAUCUGAAAAACACGACGCGUACUCGUAGAAACGUAACCGCCACGGUACUUUUGAUGAGUUAAAAGCACAGUUACUACAAAGCCAUCAUGUCACUGGAACAAGGAUUCAAAUCAUGGAAACCUCGAACAUUAAUAUUGAGUUAUCAUACUUAAGCAAUAUCCACUUUUAAUAUGUUUUCUUUUAAAUAUAUUUCAGUGUUUGUUACAGACUUGUCAUACUUUCACUGCAUUUUUCUGUCAUUUUAUACAACAGAAUACAAAACUCCCGUCUUCAUGCAUUGAUGACGUUCAUCUUUGUGGUGUAGGUCGGUCUGUAAAGAGGCAGCGAGCGGGUUCCAUCGGUCAUGAAUCUGUGCUACAGACUGCACUAAAAGAAUUAAAGAAAUAAAAAGAUGCCAAAAGAAUGAACCAACCUGCUAAACGUUGGUCUGGGCUUAGCUUCAGCUAGAAAUUCAUUCCCGUUUUGAUAUAUAAAUGAUAAAAGCUUUGUGAAUAGAGGCCCUGGAACGAUAGUUGACCUUUCAGUUUGUGUGAAGAAAGUAUUUGUAUAAACAACUGUGGCUUUAAAGGAGAUCUGAUGUGGUAUCUCUUCGGUGCAUUUUGUGUACAAAGAAAAUUGUCACCGACACAGAUCUAAAAGCAAAAAAAAAAAAAGGAAGUUUUUUUUUUCAGUUUUUGUAUCGGAGUGAUCAGCAUGUUUAUUUGCAGACUUUUGAUGGAUUUUAGUUUACUCCUUAAUGUAGCAUAGAUUUGACUAAUUUAUAAUCCUGUAUGUCAAAGUAAAGGCUACAGCCCAUAUAGAGAAAACAUUGUAACACGCUUAACCCCAAAUGUUUGUAAAGUUAACCGACUGUGUGCUGAUUCUGGGGGCUGGUUUCCCUCUUCUCAAUAACUCAUUUAAUUUAUAGGGUUUUUACAAAGAACAUUCAACUUAAUUUAGCACCUAAACCAGCCCCUCGUGGUUUUUGCGUUACGUUUUUCAUAAUUAUUUUGUGCUUACUGAUUUGGGAUGGUUGUUAUUUUACAAAAGCAGAAGCUUUCCUAAAUAUAUCAUUGAUUUGUCCGUCACUUUUUGCCCCUUUUUUAGUGCAUUUUGAAAUUUCUCAGUAUUUGCAGAAUAUUUCCAUAUAUUCCAGAUAAAGUGUUUUUAACAAAUCGGCGGCAAAUUGUGACGAGGAUUUCUCAAAAGAUGUCCUGCCAUUUGGAUUUCCUUUGCGUAUGUGCCAUUCUGUACAGUGCAUCACACUCGCUCUCCUCUUCGUGGUGAAUCAGCCGACAAACUUGAUCAUGUGUUUGUUUAUUAAACCCGGGGGAUGUUUGUGUAACUGAACAGGGUCACGUUGGCCAAGAGUGUAAAUAUCAACCAUAAUCACUUUAGAAAUAAUGUACAUACUGUCGGUAGGAAUUCCAUCAUUAAGUUUCAGCAAUAUGAUUGAUGAAUAAGCCUUAAUUGAUGUAUGAGUAAAUUCAAACUUGGUGUUAUUGACGGAGGCUCUAUUACAAACCGAAAUUCUUUUGCAUUGUGGAUUUUCCCAUUUUUCAGUUUGUGUGCCAUUUUCCAAGAGUAGCAGUAAAGCGAGUGAUGUUUCAGCUUCAACUGCACGCUUAUGACAUGUAAAACAUUUGUUGCUUAAAAUAUUGAAUGUAAUGGAAAUUUGCUUUUCUGACAGUAAUACAUAUAAGUUGAACGAUAUAAAUGAUGUUUAAUAAUAAAGGAUGAAAUACAUUUUCCAUUAAAGCGGGAAAACUCAGUAAGUGACUUCAAAUAAAGAAACGUUUGAACCUG